GCAGUUGGUAUUCAUCACACAAUCCAAAAAAAACAAGAAAUACGACUACCCGACUGACAUUUUCACAUCCGAGAUACUACUACCCGACUGACAACCAAAUAAGAGACACUAGCAACUUGUUCUCUAGAAGGUCGUUACCGUAAAGCCCAACCAAGCUUCUCUUAACAUAUCAAGAUGGCAGAUCCCGCCCCAGCUGCAGCUGCCCCGGCGCAACCCAGCGUGGUGCCCACAAAGAAGCGGUCCCCGAACCGAUUGGUGGUCGAAGAUAUGCAUUGCAAAAGUAUCGUACUAGUACAAAUCGCAUUACAAAUUUGCUUAGCAUGAGAAAUGGUAACUUGUCAUGCAGUUUUACCCUUGUCAUGCAGUUUUACUAUGUUGAAAAUCGGAGACAGUACUAUCAGUAUCAUGGAGUAUCUGUUAUUUUUCCUAGUAUGAACACGAAGGGCCUGAUUAGCGACAUGUUUUACUUAAUUUAAAUUACUGCGUGUGAUCCUGCGUUUGUUUGAGAACGGAUGCUACCCCUUUCCAAAUCAAAACACAUUAGGACCCGGGGGGACAGGAAGAGCCCCCCGGUAGCGCUAGUCUCACAUGGGUGCACACAUAAGGACGUUGACGAAGAAACACACACACACACGGCGGUCAAAAAACACAAACAAUAUGCGUCCAGCACAAACUGCCCUGACUCGCUCACCGGAUGGAUGCGCCGCCGAGGUCCGUCGCUGCAGUAGCUUAAAUAAUAAUAGCUAUAAUAGAAAGAAAAGUAUAGAAAUAGUAGCGGCAAAGCUAUCUGUAGUGCUUUCCUGGUAGAACAGCCGCGCCACGCCGCUGAGCGGGAGACGGCCUGUCCAGUGAGUGAGUGCCCCGUCAACUGCUCGCCGGGGCGCUGCGUGGAAGAGCAGCGUCGCCGCAUGUCGAGCCGGGGAACUAGUUUGCUUUCGAUUGCCUUUUAUUUUUUUUUUAAGUUCCCCGCCAUCUCAAUUCCCCCUUAACUUGCCGCCUUACUCUUCACGGACAUGGAGGAUGACAUCAGCGCGUAGAACGGUUUGAAUCAGACUCGGGCUACAAGGCCACAGGUAAACUAUCCCAGUGUCUUCCGGCCGGCCUUGACGCAAUCUGACUACUAAAAACCUCGCGGUAGCGGGGGGGCGUUCUAGUCUUCGGUCUAGUUCGUCGCCCUCUACCAGGCCUGUACGACCUGAAAGCAGAACUUCGGCUAGGGCAACAAGAUCACAUCAAGCAGCAUCCGCGAGCAGCAUCCGACCCGAGAGUAGUCAGCCGGGCCAUUUCUGAAGGCGCUGCGAGGUGGGCGGAGAGGCAUCACGCUAGCAGUUGGACGGGAGCAAGGCCAGCGUUCUUCUGUGUGAUGUUCGUCGUAUACUGUCCUGCCUAGUUCAACUAUCCUGAUCUUUCCUGCUUCGCUUCCCCUUGUAUCCGCCCCUGUAGAAUCAGGUCUAUACCCCUUUUACUUUUCUUCAGUCGUUUAAUUAUGUUAUGUUGUUUUCUUACUCGCUGUUGCUUACUACUGGACUGCCCGUUCCUUUUACCCCCUCUUGCAUGCGUCCCUGUAGGCUUAGAUCCCUACCCUUUUAUCCUGCUUCUUCCCUCUAAGUCUGCUCGCUUUACUUUUGCAACCUUUGUAGCGCUAGUUGCGGAUCCCGCGUACUCGCAGGGGCUUUGUUUUUUCCGCCUUGCCAGCGGGUUUGUCCGGGGGGGCGCGACAGUCUUUGGGGAUUCUGGCACUUGACGUUCACCAACGAGUUGCCGGCGGGGCGUUGCGCAACUUUUCCUACUACACCCCUGCGGUCCGACGACCAACUUCGUGUUGAUUUUCCCCGAUUCAGAUGGGCGCUUUUUUCUGCUGCUGUCUUUCCGGCGAACACCUCUUGGUGCUCGUCAGUCUGCCAGAGCUUGUUUACAUGCGCGCGCUAUCUGGUGGUGGUGAAAAUGUGCCACGAACGCGGUGCUCGCGACCUCAUCUUUUCGUUCUUUCUCACUCGGGUUCCGCAGUUGAUAUGAAUGACAUUUAUAUGUUUGUCGGGGGCUGGUUUGUUGUCUGCGGAGCUCCGCCAUGGCGUCUGCAUGUAGAUAGUUUUGGGUCAGGUCUGCUAAUCCUGGCAAGUAGUUUCAUUAGGCGCCGGGGCUCUAAACAACUUACCUGUUCCUCAGCGCUAUUGCGCUCGCUACAGCUCUGCUUGGAAAAAAUAUUUUACAGUUUGGCCUCCGCUUGUGGAAGGUCGGCGAUUCGCGCCUGCUCUGCUCUGCUAGCCGCGCGUUACUCUUCAAGUUCGUGUGGGCUCCUGGUGCUGCGAUCACCGUCGGGAGCUAAACAACAUGAGAACGUAAGGACGUCGGGUUUUUGAAGGCUAUUCAUUACAAGACCUAUUUCGAUUAAUUUUGGCUUUUUGUUGCGUUCACGCACAGGAGCUUUCUUUGAUCGAUCUAGGCCCGCCGAAGUUUUGCGUGCGGGUUUGGCCCUCUUCUACCCCCCGAAAAAAGGGGAGUCUCCAGACCCUUCAGGUCGUCCCUGCCGCCGGUGGUCACGUCCGCGUGGCGCUAUCAGCGAAUCAACUAUGUAGGUUAUCUCUCUCUCUCUUUCAUGCAGUUUUACAUACCCUGAGAAGACGAUUUGUCAUGCCUACCUGCAAUUAGUACGAGUGCGAUAGUACUUUUGCAGUGCAUAGAAGAGGCCGUGAAUGACGACAACAGUGUCAUCUCACUCUCCCCGGCGAAAAUGGACGAGCUCAACCUCUACCGGGGUGACAACGUCCUGAUCAAGGGUAUAGUAGAUGAUCCACUAUGUGCAGCGACGCUGCACAAUAAAAAUUUGCUUUCUGUUGCAUGGUCCAGCAUGAUCGUUCAAGAACGUCUUCAUCGUACCUUCUGCCAUGCAGGUCCCACAGAAGCAUAUCAAUUUAUGAAAUGUCAAAACAGGUAAGAAACGCAAGGACACGGUUUGCAUCGUGCUGGCGGAUGAGGGUUUGGAAGACGCAAAAGUCCGCAUCAAUAAGGUCGUGCGGAAGAACCUGCGUGUCUAUCCUAUGUAAAAACGUUCUCACCCCAUAGUCAAGAUGGGGACUCGGCUAGACAAAUCCACAAGUUUUGGCUGUUUUGCAUGACAAAUUUGGACUCGUAGUGUAAUUUUGUUUGAGCUAGCUCAGCAGCGUCACAGAUCUAGCAUAUCAUGCGGAUUGGAGCAUGACAAAUUCCAAAACGCGACUGAAGAAUGCUUUUCAUUGUGCUCAGCAUGAGAAACAUUUUCAGCAUGCAGAUUUGCAUGACAACUCUGGGGUGGGGACGUUUUUACACAGGAUAGUGUCAGGUUGGGCGACGUCGUUUCCAUCCACGCAUGCGGAGACGUGCCCUACGGAAAGCGCGUGCACGUGCUCUAUCCAGGGGACAGAGAAUGAAUUCUGGGUUCUAUUCGGGAAAGUUGUCAUGCUGCAGCUCCUUCAAUGUUGACACACUAUCCAUCGCUAAUCGUAACAUCCAUUUUCUUGGUCGUAGUACUAGAGACUCACGCAUGAGACCGAGCAUCACAGCCUACUCACGCAUACUAGACCCCAGAUUUCUAGCUUUUUGCACUGCAUAAUUCACCGCUGGACGAUACCAUCGAGGGGAUUACCGGGAAUUUGUUUGAAACGUACUUAUUGGACGAUUUCGCAUACUAAAAUACUUUGUGUUGCGUAUUGAAUCCUAAAGAGUUCCUGUUUUGUCAUGUGCAAACAGAAACACGAUGAACACGACCUAUGAUAAAAGGAAAACUAUCACAGCUACCUGAAGCCCUACUUUUUGGAAGCCUACCGGCCGGUGCGACAGGGCGACUUGUUUCUGGUGCGCGGUGGCUUUCUAUGCAUUGCGAAUAUGUCUGGGUCUGGAAACUUGUGUUGCUAGUUUGUAAAUGGUUGGCGCACUGCAAUACGCAGCCACGCAUGACAAAUUUCUGGGCUCCUCUGAUGUGUUUCGCUUUUCGCAUGGAAGACUGCAUUUAUUUUGCAUGACAGACAAGAAGGCUUUUUCCUGCUCACGCAUUACAGAUUUAAGAAUCAUGUGAGACAAGCAUGACAAAGCUGUGCCCUGCUUCCAGACCCAGACACAGUUGCAGUGGAUACUUUCGUCCGGUCGAAUUUAAAGUUGUGGGUGUGGAGCCUGGAGAGUUCUGCAUCGUGGCACCGGAUACGGUAAUUAUAUAAGCUUAUCUCGCUGCAUGUGCAUGACAAACUGCUUUAUUUGCAUGCCAAUUAUCUGUCUGAUCUGUUCAUUUACAUGAUCGAACAUAAUUUCGUUUCUUUAGCUGAGCCGCAUGACAAAUACCAGGUGAUCCACUGCGAGGGUGAGCCGGUGAAGCGGGAGGAUGAGGAACGGUUAGACGAUGCCGGCUACGAUGACAUUGGCGGGUGCAAGAAGCAGAUGGCCCAGAUCCGUGAGAUGAUCGAGUUGCCGCUGCGUCACCCGGCCUUGUUCAAAACUCUGGGUGUGAAGCCGCCGCGCGGCGUGCUGCUCUACGGACCGCCGGGGAGCGGAAAAACGUUGAUCGCCAAGGCGGUGGCCAACGAGACCGGUGCUUUUUUCUUCCUCAUUAACGGACCCGAAGUCAUGUCCAAGAUGGCGGGGGAGGCCGAGUCGAACCUGCGUCGAGCCUUUGAGGAGGCGGAGAAGAACGCACCCGCGAUCAUCUUCAUCGACGAGUUGGAUUCCAUUGCGCCGAAAAGAGACAAAACCAACGGAGAAGUCGAGAAGCGCGUGGUAUAGUUUACUGUUUUGGAGGUUUUUCUUGUCAUGCGUUCUUACUGCGAUUUUGAUUUACAUUUAUCUUUGUGUCUUCAUCUUCUAGCAGAUCUCGCCAUUGAGACGGGCAGAUCUUCUUCUCGAGUACUUAUGAAAAAAAAAAAAGUAUGAACAACAAAACCUAGUUCAUCCCUAUAAUCACCUUCACAGGUUUCGCAACUGCUGACUUUGAUGGAUGGUCUGAAGGGCCGCGGCCAGGUGGUGAUCAUUGGUGCCACCAACCGCCCGAACUCUAUCGAUCCGGCGCUCCGUCGGUUCGGUCGCUUCGACCGUGAGCUGGAUAUUGGCGUGCCGGACGACAACGGGCGACUGGAAAUUCUGCGGAUCCACACCAAGAACAUGAAACUCUCGGCGAACGUCAAGCUGGAAGAAAUCGCGGGCAACACCCACGGUUUUGUGGGCGCGGAUCUGGCUCAGCUGUGCACCGAGUCGGCGCUCACGUGCAUUCGGGAAAAAAUGGACCUGAUCGAUUUGGAAGAGGAAACCAUCGAUGCCGAGAUUCUGGAUUCCAUGGCGGUCACACAGGUACAACUUUUGCUAUACUGGAUUCAUGUUUGAAUCUGUCAUGCGGGACAGACCAUGAGCAGUGAAAUUUAUCAUGAGCAUUUAACAGAACCAGCAUCUUCAUCUCCUCGAGCUGAAUCUAAAAAACCUAUCAUACCAGGAUCACUUCAACACCGCGAUGGGGGUGUGCAACCCGAGUUCGCUGCGAGAAACAGUUGUCGAAGUGCCGAACGUGAAAUGGGACGACAUUGGUGGACUGGAGGAUACCAAGCGCAGUCUGCAGGAAAUGAUCUUGUACUUACUUACUUACUUCCUUUUGUCAUGCGCCUCACAGCAUGAAAAGCAUUGUUUGUCAUGCGCGUCACAGUUGUACUUGUAACAUGAAGCCUAUGCCUAAAACUUGUCAUGCACAACUUACUUAAUAUACUGAUUGUGACUUCUUGUUGAUUAUCAGGUACCCUAUCGAUCACCCGGAGAAAUUCGAGAAAUUUGGGAUGUCCCCUUCCCAUGGUGUGCUGUUCUACGGCCCCCCGGGUUGCGGUAAGACCAUGAUGGCAAAGGCCGUCGCGAGUGAGUGCAGCGCAAACUUCGUGUCGAUUAAGGGCCCGGAACUGCUUACCAUGUGGUUUGGUGAGUCCGAGGCCAACGUCAGGGAAGUGUUCGACAAGGCACGGUCGGCGGCCCCGUGCGUGCUCUUCUUUGACGAAUUAGACUCUAUUGGUAUAAUGAUUGGAUAGCGAUAGUGAUUUUAAUUUCUGUAGCUGAAACGUGCAUAGAGUUUUUUGUUCGUGAUGCAGAGCAACAUGCCAUGAGACAGCACAGAGACUGUAAUCCUCGCGAUGUGCAAAACAAAAACAACAAUCCACAUUAACGCUCACCAGGUACCGCCCGUGGUUCCUCCGCCGGCGAUGCGGGCGGCGCUGGUGAUCGUGUGAUGAACCAGCUGCUGACCGAAAUCGACGGUGUGGGCGUGAAGAAGAACGUCUUCAUGAUUGGCGCAACGAACAGACCGGAGUUGCUGGACGAAGCGCUGCUCCGGCCGGGUCGGUUGGACCAGUUGAUUUACAUCCCGCUUCCGGACCAAAACUCCCGGCUGCAGAUAUGACACGUUCAGGUGCUACAAUCUCAAACGUUAUCAUAGAAUGAUCUGGCAUUUGUGUAAUUGCAUGAUGCGCAUCACAGACUCGCACCGCGAACCACUUUCUGCAAUACAAACUUCGCCAAAUUCUAGAGCGGUUUGGGACUUCAGAACCUGUCAUGCGCAAUCCUGUGACAGCAGGCUAGAUGGUGCACUAUGUGCAUCACAAAUUUCCAUUUCCAUGGUAACCGAUUUGAGAUUGUAACGGCUGAGCACGUUAUAGCAGACCCUGCACGCCAAGCUGAAGAAGUCCCCCAUCGCGCCGAAUGUCCCCCUAACAUUCAUCGCGCAGAAGACGGAGGGUUUUUCCGGCGCCGAUAUCGAGAACUUGUGCCAGAUAUGCAUUGCAAAAGCAUCGUACCAGUAUGAAUUGCAUUACAAAUUGAGUUAGCAUUACAAAUUAAAUUUGUAAUGCGGAUUUGCCUUCAGAUGAAAAUUUGUAAAUGCAUAGUGCGUGUAGUACGAGUGCGAUACUUUUGCAAUGCAUAUGAGAUCGCCGCCAAGGCCGCCAUCCGCGACGCGAUCGCGGCGGACGAAUUGAAGGGCGGGGACGGCGAUGCCGCCAUGGACGGGGAUGACGUUGCCGAAAUCACAAGAAAACACUUCGAGGAGGCGUUUGCCGGUGCCAGGCGGUCUGUGUCACUCACGGAUUUGAACAAGUAUAGGACAUUGUUUUUUUAUCAUGCUAAAACUGCCAUCAUAUCUACUUCCUGUCUUUGCUGUACUUGCAUCACAAAUUAAUAAUACUUCUAUCCUCACAGGUAUGACAACUUCCGAAUGAAGUUCGAUCCGGUGUACAAGCAGUCCCACGGUGGUGCCGCGGGCGGGGAUACGGUCAGCAUCGUGUAUCAACUGCAAAUAUCGAUCUGGGUCUGGAAGAGUGUAGACUUGUCAUGCAGGUUUUCCAUGACCACUCAUGAGGUCUGGAAUUCGGGACCUAGCAUGACAGACUCUGUGAGGUGGUCUCUGUCAUGCCUGUCCUGCAUGAGAAACCCCAGUCCAACUUGAUCGAAAGCGAACAGCUUUUGGCACUCAUGCAGCAAAAAAUUUUGCAUGUGUCAGAUUUUGCAUGACAAGUUGCAAUCUUUCAGACUUAAGCAUAUUUGCAAUCCAUAUCGUGUGGCCCGAUGACAACACGAACUUUACCGCGGCUGCGGCGGAUGACGACGACGACUUGUACAGCUAA